GAUGUAACUUGGGGAACAAUUUAAUUUCCCCGUUAACUACCCCUAGACCAUAAUGUACAGUCAUUGACCAAAAAAGUAGUCAUGGCGAGGAUUGGGGACAUAAUCCAUUUGAAUGUCGGAGGGAAGAGGUUCAGCACAUCCAAACAGACGCUGACAUGGGUCCCCGACUCCUUUUUCUCAAGCCUUCUGAGUGGACGGAUAUCGACCCUGAAAGACGAAACUGGGGCUAUAUUCAUCGACAGAGACCCGUCACUCUUUGCUCCUAUUCUCAAUUUCCUGAGAACCAAAGAGCUUCACCCCAGGUCAGUGGAUGUCCACUUGCUGAUGCACGAGGCAGAGUUCUAUGGAAUCACUCCCCUCGUGCGUAAGCUGCAGCUGUGUGAUGAGCUGGAUCGCUCCUCGUGUGGGACUGUGCUCUUCAAUGGAUACCUCCCUCCUCCAGUGUACCCGGUGAAGAGGCGUAACCGGCACAGUGUGGCGGGUCCCCAGUUCAUGGGUGGGCGCUCGGGGCCGGUGGAGCGGGCACCGGUGAGGCGCAGCAACACCAUGCCACCCAACCUGGGCAACGCAGGCAUACUCGCACGAGCAGCCAUGGAGGAGAGGGCACCAGGUGAGAUACAGGAGGUGUCUGGUUGCGGUAGUGACCCAGGGAUGGUGCGUAUCGUGUGUGGACACCAUAACUGGAUCGCCGUGGCUUACGCCCAGUUUGUCGUCUGCUACCGGAUGAAGGAGUCUUCUGGUUGGCAGCAGGUAUUCACUAGUCCGCGUCUGGACUGGGUGAUUGACCGUGUGGCCCUGAAUGCAAAGGUGCUGGGUGGCUCUCUGGGUGACAAUGACAAGAUGGUGGCCGUUGCCUCUGGAACCGAGAUCAUCCUCUGGGCCAUCUGCCCCGACGGAAACGGCAAUGAGAUCGGAGUGUUCAGCCUGAAUGUGCCAGUGGAGGCGCUGUUCUUCGUGGGCAAUCAGCUGAUCGCCACCAGCCACACGGGCAAAGUGGGCGUCUGGAACGCCGUCACCAAGCACUGGCAGAAUCAGGACGUGGUUCCCAUUAACAGCUAUGACACAGCUGGCUCCUUCCUCAUCUUGGGCUGCAACAACGGAUCCAUAUACUACAUAGAUGUGCAGAAGUUUCCGCUGCGUAUGAAGGACAACGACCUGCUGGUGACGGAGCUGUAUAGGGACCCGAGUGAAGACGCCAUCACGGCCCUGAGUGUAUACCUCACGCCCAAAACAAGCAUCAUGAAAUGUGACAGCGGUAACUGGAUUGAGAUAGCGUACGGCACCAGUGCAGGGACGGUGCGUGUGAUCGUGCAGCACCCGGAGACCGUGGGCUCGGGGCCCCAACUCUUCCAGACAUUCUCUGUACACCGCAGCCCUGUUACGAAGAUCAUGCUCUCGGAAAAACACCUGAUAUCAGUGUGUGGGGAUUUCAACCAUGUGCGUACGUGGACGGUGACUCGCUUCAGAGGAAUGAUCUCAACGCAGCCAGGCUCCACCCCCCUAUCCUCCUUUAAGAUCCUCUCAUUGGACGAUACAGACGGACACGCAGGCUGCACCGCCGGCACGGAGAUAGGUCCGUAUGGGGAGAGAGAUGAUCAGCAGGUCUUUAUCCAGAGGGUGGUACCAGACACGGACAAGCUCUACGUUCGCCUCUCCUCCAACGGCAAGAGGGUGUGUGAGGUGCGCUCGGUAGACGGUACGUCCAUCACGGCGUUCAUGGUUCACGAGUGCGAGGGUUCCAGCCGCAUCGGCUCGCGGCCCCGUCGUUACCUCUUCAGUGGCCAUGGCAACGGCACCAUCCAGAUAUGGGACCUCACCACCGCCAUGGAGAUCGCCGGCAAGGUCGACAUCAAAGCGCUGGGCGGGCCUACGGAGGAGGAGCUUCUGGAGCUGCUGGAGCAGUGUGACCUGGCCCUGACGCGCACACCGGACAUGAGCCCUGCUGCGUCGCUCACACACUCUAACAGGACGUCAACAUGCAGUCUGGUAUCGCAGGUGAGUGAGCGUGGUGUAGGAGCUGGAAGUGCUGGUGUGGUUCUCCGCGGUUCCGGCGGCGGUGGCGGCGGUGGUUCCUGUCCCAGCCCAGCGCCCUCCCUAACGGGCAGCCUGCCGCGCCAGAGCCCCCUGGUGCCCUUCUCGAUACCCCCAAACAACCACCAACACCCCCACCCCCACGCCCACGCCCACCCGCACCCCCACAGUAGCCAGGCCUCGCUCAGCGUGGCUGGGGGGCCCGGCGGCAGCAGCAGCCCCUUGCCCCCCCGCGCUGGGGGUGGUGGGGGUCCCCCACCGGAGGCGCUGAGGAGGGGCAGCUUUGCGGAGAGGUGCCAGGAGAGGGCCAAGGGAGCGGAUGUGGUGGGGGUGGGAGUUUUGGGCAUGGAGGGGGGCGGCAGACGGAGCCUGGCGGUGCCCAGUGAGAUGGAGGCGAGGCUAGGGGGUGUUGUCGGGCUGCGAUCGCCCCCCACCUCCUUCGGCUAUUCGCCCUCCCCCUCCCACCAACACCACCACCAUCAUCAUCAUCAUCAUCAGCAUCAUCCUCCUCCUCCUCACCCCUCCUCUGGCUCUCCUGCAGUGGGUGCUGUGUCCGUGUCAGGCCCUGCUGCUGUUGCACCUCCUCCCCUCUCCUCUUCCUCUGGUGUGAGGAGGUCUCCCUCUGUCUCCUCCUGCGCCUCCUCUUCCUCCUCCUCUGCUCCUCCUCCUCCUCCUACUUCUGCGGUAAGCCCCACGCGCUCCUGCGCUCCCCAACCCCCCUCCUCCUCUUCCUCCUCUUCCUCCUCGUCCUCCCCCUCUCGUCGGCCCCCAGCCCCCUCCGCCUCCUGCUCUUCACCUCCCACCACCAGCCCAGAAGCUCCGCCCUCCUCUGAGCCAACCACCGGCCAAUCAAACGCGGCCGACUGCCCUGCGUCACCCCCGGCGACCAGCCCCAAGCCGCAUAUGAACGAGACCAGCUUCUGAUUGGACGGAAAGGCGGGUGCAUGCUUUUACAGAAAAAGAGAGAAAGAGACUGUGCCUGCGUGCGUGCGUGCGUGCGUGCGUGCGCUGAAGGUAGAAAGAGGAAGCAAAGCACAAAGAAAAUGAACACUGGAUGUUUAAAUGACUGCAGACAGAGUAUGAUGUGUGUGCGUGUGUGUGUAUGUAUGUGUCUGUAUUUCUUGGAGGCUUUGCAACAAUGCUAAGGGCUUUCAACAUUUCACAUGGGCUAAAGUAGUUAACUGAUUUCAACUUUUAUAUCACAUUUGUAUAUUAGUUUUUAUAUUUUAUUGCUGAACUAUUAUGAAUUUAUUAAUUGAA